AUGGCACCAGUAGUCACGGCCGUGCCUCCGCCGACAAUCCCUCCUCCCAAGCCAAAGAAGCCUGUGCCUCCCAGCCUCCAGACCAACGGUACUGGCUCGUCGUCUCCGUCUCCGUCUCUCUCCACGAAGAAGCCGCCUACAGUAAUCAAGCCGCCCGUUAUCCCUACAUCUUCGAGCGGAACCAACAAUGCCGUCAGCCGCCCGGGAAAAGGCCCGCGUCGCGAGCCCUCAGGAUCUAUCGCUGGCAGGGCGUCGAGGAACAGCGCGGGACUCCGAUCAGCCAGCGUAGCGGCUGAUGUAUCUCUGCCUCCGGCAGUAGAACCACGGCCGUAUGUCGUGACCGAGAAGUACAUACUCAAAAAGUAUGCCGGUCUGCCCCCGUCGUUGAUAAUCCACAUGCAUCCAACCCAUUUCCGCUUCGACCAGCAGGAUGGCAUGUUUCCCUAUAAAUCCCCGAUGGGAUUGUUCCUCGAGCACCUCAAGGCCAGGACUAUACCACAUGACCUCCUCCCGGACCUUACUCAGGCUGGUGUACCCUUCUACGAAGGUUGCCUGAUUGUGCAAGUCUACGACCACAAGUCCGUUGCACAGACCAAGGACAUCGCGCGGCCCACGUCCUCAUCUGACAAUACCCUUCCGUAUUCCAUACACAACUACAACCCAUACGUCACUCCAUCCCCGUGGGCUCCGUACCCAAAGGAUCAUAUUGCGACAGGCGAUAGCAAUAGUGCCACGGAUGCGAACCAAAAGGACAACGCUACGGACGAAACGGACAAGGAGAACAUGCCUGCUCCAAGCGGUCUUCCUGAAGGCCCAAAGAGCAAGGCGCCACCGAAGCCCAGGAUAUACACGGUCGUUUUGCAACCCACCGCCCAGAGUCUUCAAAUGGACCUUGCUAUCAAAGCAUCGACGCCGAGAGGAUCAAAUGACGGAUCAUCUAUACUUCCCCCGCCUACACCGGUCACCGCCGUUCCACCAACCCCAACAGCCUCUUCAAUGGGGCCGCCCAAUAAAAAGCAGAAAAGGGAGCGAAUGGAGCUAGACAGAUCCAACAUAUAUGCUGUUGAAUCGCAGAUUCUGUUAUCUACCGUUGCACCUCUGGACCUGGAACCAGCUCGGACCGUUGAAGCGACUAUCCGAAAGCUAGAAGAGCAAGCACAUCCUGAUCACUCGCACAAGCCACCUCAACCCAAAACGCGGAAGCGCACUGUUGCUGAGAUGGCUGCAGAUGAAGCGUUGGCGGCCGACCUGGAGCGGUACAUGCUCACCUUGGACGAACGCCUUUCGUCCAAGGUGUCGGGCGCUCACGGCGGUUCAGGUGGUGCUGAUGCAGAUGCCCAAGGUGGCGGCACAAGCUUCGAACCGAGAUUUGAAAGGUUCAAAGUCAUUGCCGAAAUUAAGAGAGAGCACGCGGAGAAGAAAGAGCAGGAAAGGAUCAAGCAGUUGGAGAACGAGCGGCGCCUGGCGCAGCAGAAGCAACAAGCUCAGCAAGCCGCCCAAGAGCAAGCCGCUUUACUCGCCCAGCAGCAACAGCAACAACAGCAACAGCAGCGCGAGGAGCAGGAAAGGUUACGCAGGCAGCAAGCGGCUCGAGAUCAACAGAUCAGACAAGAGGCGCAGCGGAAGGCCCAAGCUCAACAAGCUCAAGCCCAGGCACAAGCCCAGGCCCAGGCUCAGGCCCAGGCGCAAGCUCAAGCUCAAGCUCAAGCUCAAGCUGCCCAGGCCCAGGCACAGGCACAGGCUGCACAGGCCCAAGCACAGGCACAGGCCCAAGCUCAAGUCCAGCAAAAUGGACAGAAUACACCUGUACACGUGCCGAAUGCCAUGGCAGCACAAGCUCAGGCCAGAUUCCAUCAACAGGUUUCUCAACCUACGGUUUCAUCGCCGGUGGUACGGCAAAAUACACCACAAAACAUGUCUUCGCCCAUGGUUGGUGGUGUAUCGAUGCAAACAUCUGGGUCCAACAUGGGUACAAGUCCGCCCAGGCCCUCAUCUGUGGUCCAAAACCAUCCGCCUAUGGCUGUCCCUAUGUCUGUUAGCAUGUCAGGUCGGGGGAGUCAGCAGAGUCAUCCUUCGGGAACGCCACGCAUGCCGAACGCUACGCCGAAUAUGCCGCAUGCCACGCCCAUCAGCCGACCUCAACAGAUGGUUCAAACACCGCGUAUGAGCCAAGCUAGCCCUCCACCGGGUAUGAUGACCCCUCAGCAGGUCUCGCAGGCCAUGCUAAUGAACCAAGGGAUGCCCAUUGGGAUGGGAACACCGCAGAUGGCAAAUGCUGCUCAGGUUGCUGCAGUGCAACAACAACAACGCAUCCAGCAACAACAACGCCUCGCUGCCAUGCAAAAUAACAUGAUGAAUGGAGCGCAAACACCUCAGCAGCUGGCGCAGCAACGUGCAAUGAUGCAGCAGCAAAUGCUCAUGCGCAACAACCCCCAGGCCCAGCAAGCCAUGAUGCAGCAGAUGCAACAAAUGCACAGCCAAGCACUCAGCAACAUGCAGCAGCAACAAAUGCAGAACAACAUGCAGCGGCAAAUGAUGGGCGGCCAGCAGAUGAUGGCAGGGCAAGGUAUGAACAGCAUGAACCUGACGCCGCAACAGAUGGCUGCAAUGCAGCAGCAGAUUGCGCACCACCAGCAGCAGCAGCAGCAGCAGCAGCAGCAGCAGCAGCAGCAGCAGCAGCAGCAGCAGCAACAGCAGAUGAACCAGCAGCAGGGGCUCAAUCCGAUGGUCGCCUCGCAGAUCCAACAGCAGUCAGCACGGCUCUAUAGGCAGAACCUGCCAAGUCUUGUGGCCCGGUACGGCGGCAACCAGGAGAACAUUCCACAACAAGAGAUGGAGGCUCUGCGAAUGCAAUGCAUGGCCCAAGCAAAGAACAUGAUCCAGCAGGUCAUUGCUCAGAGGCGAGCCCAGCACCAGAUGAUCCAGCAGCAGCAGCAACAGCAGCAGCAGGCGGCCAUGCAAGGUAUGGGAGGGAUGAUGCCCCAAGGCAUGUAG